UGAAAAUAUAAAAUAAUUAAUGGAAAGUAAACUAUAAAAUUUUGAGAUCCAAAAUAAAUUAGGUAAUAUAGAAUGAUUGAUUUUUCUAGGUUCUGGAGCUUAUUCAUCAGUGUACAAGGUAUAGAGGAAAUCAGAUGGGAAAAUAUAUGCAUUAAAGAAAGUAUUAUGAUAAUAAAUAAGAAUAGGUGAAAUUGAUGGAUAUAGGGGAUAGAGAGAAAUAGAAUGCGUUAAAUGAAGUUAGAAUAAUAGCAUCAAUACAUCAUGAGAAUGUAGUUUCAUAUAAAGAAUGUUUUAUUGAAGAUAAUAUUUUAUGGUAUUAGAGUGGUUAUUAUCAAGUAUAAUAAUGGAGUAUGCAGAGGGAGGAGAUUUAUUAUAGAAGAUACAAAGAUAUAUUAAAAGACAGUUGCUGAUUCCAGAGUAAGAGAUAUGGCAAGUGGCAAUCUAGGUAUUAUAGGGUUUGAGAGCGUUACAUCAUAAAAAAAUAUUUCAUCGCGAUUUGAAGUGUGCUAAUAUCUUCUUAUAUGAGAAUGAUCAAGUCAAACUUGGAGAUUUCAAUGUAUCAAAAUUGGCUAAGAAUGGUCUUGUUUAUACAUAGACUGGUACACCUUAUUAUGCUAGUCCAGAGGUUUGGUAAGAUUAGCCUUAUGAUCAUAAAGCAGAUAUCUGGUCAUUUGGAUGUGUCAUUUAUGAAACAUGCUCAUUGAAACCGUAUUUCAUUAUUACAUUAAUAGCCCAUUCAGAGCAAAAGAUAUGGAUGGACUAUAUAAAUCUGUACUAAGAGGAUAAUAUUAACCAAUCCCUGUUAUAUAUUCAUAAGAAUUGGCUCAAUUAAUUAAAACUAUGAUGCAAGUUCAUCCUACUAAUCGUCCUGAUUGUGGUAAUCCGUUAUUCUAACUAUUAAUCAUUAGAUAAAUUACUUCAAUUGUCCUAUGUUUAGAAAAAAGCCAAAUUAUAUGCAAUUCCUUUACAUUAUGAAGAAAGCCCACAUGAUCUGUUGAAAACUAUUAAAUGGCCCUUCUCAAGAAAGAGCUUUUAAACUAAUAAAUCGGAACUUAUCAAUCUUAAUUGCUAACUACCUGCUAGUAAUUAUUUAAAUUAGCACAAUUCCAAUCACCUUAGGAGAAAUCAACAAUCUAAUAGAAUCAGAUCUUAAGAUACUAAUGAUACAAUCUCUUUUAAUUAACCCAAUGAAGCUUUACACUAAUUGAUGAAAUAAAUCACUUAACUUGAUCAUUAGGAUAUUGAAAAAACUCCAAAUCUUCAUUCUCAUUUAAAUCAAUCCGUUUCCAGAUAGACAAUCUAAGAAAAUGUCUUACCAAUCGAUCGAAGAUUGAAAGUAUCUAAUUCUACUCAUGAGAAGCAUAACAGAUACGAACCAAUUUAACAACCGUAAAUUUUUUAAAUAGAAACUAUAGUAAAUGUGCUUCUAAGGAUAGAUUAGACCAGAUUUAAAUCAAUUCUAAUUAUUAUGCAAAAGAUGUUGUCCAAUCAAUUAAUAAAAAGAACAAUUCUUCAAAAUUACCAAACAUUACAGCAACUUAAAAAUAAGAAGAAAACUAUAAUUUAAGAAAAAAUUCUUCAAAUGAGAAAAAUUCCAGUAGUUAUCUUAAGAGAUCCAAACAUGAGCCUCAAAAGUAUGAUAUCUCUCUGCAUCCAAGCGCUGAAAAAUCUACUGCUUUAAUGAAAAUUAUUGAAGAACAUCAAUAAAUACCCAAAUUAAAAAAGAAAUACUGA